ACAAUCAGUUAUCGGUAAUGCAGUCGCUGCACGCGCAAUUUGUGUUCUUUUGAUUUGCAAUUUAAAACGACAAAUGACGGAAGUUGUUAAACAAUGCGGUAAAAUACGUUUGGCAACGAAUGUGUGUGAUCUGGAGCGCACACUGCUUGGCGGCCAAAGUUUUCGUUGGCGCAAAUUAUGCGAGGCGCCAAAGCCAAAAUUUUGUGGCGUCGCCUUGGACACCUAUUGGGUGCUAACGCCCGAUAGCGAGCACAUUGACUAUGAGGCGCAUACGGUUGUGCCGGAUCAGGACUUUGAUGUCCAAUUAGCCGACUAUUUGCGGGCCGAUUUCGAUUUGCAGCAGCAACAGGCGGUUUGGAUGCAAGCGGACGAGCAGUUUGCCAAAUUUGUGGGCAAACCGGUGCGCAUGUUGUGCCAACAGCCACUGGAGAACAUUGUGUGCUUUAUGUGCAGCCAGAAUAACAACAUCAAGCGCAUCUCGUCCAUGAUUCAAUGGUUCUGCAGCGCAUAUGGGCGGAAAAUUGGUCAUUUCCAUGGCCAGGAUGAGUAUACGUUUCCCACACUUGACGCCCUCAGUUCGCGAAGCUGUGAAGAGUUCGAUGUGGAGCUGCGUGCAGCUAAAUUUGGUUAUCGCGCCAAGUUUAUAGCGCGCACAUUGCAACAAAUUGUGGAACGCGGCGGUUUGGCUUGGUUUGAGGAACUGCGUCAGCUGCCGUAUGUGGAGGCACGCGAAGCUUUGGUGCAACUGCCAGGCAUUGGCUACAAGGUGGCCGAUUGCAUUUGCCUAAUGUCUUUGGGACAUUUGGAGUCGGUGCCAAUUGAUACACAUAUCUAUAAGAUUGCCCAGCGUUAUUAUAUGCCACAUUUGGUGGGGCAAAAGAGCGUCACCAACAAGAUCUAUGCCGAGGUGGCGCAACAUUUCCAGCAGCUGCAUGGCAAAUACGCUGGAUGGGCACAGGCGGUUUUAUUCUGCGCCGAUUUGCCGCAGUUUCAGGACAAGUCGGAAAAGGAAUCAACAACGGAAAAGAAAGAAAAGAAAGCUGCUGUCUCCAAGCCAAAGAAAUGCAAAAAGUAGAUCGACGUAUUUCAAAAUUUAUACUUCAAAUUGAACUUGAAACUCUGGAAACUUUUGGUAGUAACUACCUAACAUAAUAGAUGAAGUUGAAUAAACGUUUUGCAAAAGUCAUUUGAAGCAACAUAAAAUAUGUGUUGGAAUUGCAAACUAUGAUAUUGAUUAUCAUCUUCAAUCAUACAACAUCCUCUAAUCAUGGUCAUCUUUAAACACUUAUUAAUGAAACAUCUUUCAUCAAUACCUAACUCUACCAUCUUCUAAAAAGAAAGUGUGAAAGAGUCAUUGAGUCAUAAGUUUGCGACGCACACACAACAGCAUCAUCAUCUAAACUACCUCUAAAAUGUAUUCUGCAUGAUAAUGGAUUAUUAAUCACACUAUAUCUUCCAUCAUCCAACUCUAAAUUAUCAUCUUCUAAUACCUUUGUUCAUCUGCAAUAAACCAAUAGUGAAAGAGCCAUUCAAUCAUAAGUUGUCAUUGGAA